GUUUUGAUGCUCCAACCUUCGGCGGCAGCAGCAGUUGCUUAGUGUCAGUCUCUUCGCCUUUUAUCUUCCUCCACAGUCCAACCAAACCACAGGCAAAACACUCGGAGAAAGAGGAAGGAGAUUGAGAGAGAGAGGGAGGGAGAAGGGAAGGAUCGAUGCCCGCUGAUCCGAAGAGACGUCGUUUCCUUCCUCAUUAGUGGCUGCCGUAAGUAACCCCCAAAGCGCAGUAGUAGCGUCGAGGCCCGCAUCGAUCGUCGCUUCCCAUCGAACAUGCCGCCUCGCCUUCCUUUUCCGCGAUUCCGGUUCUGAAGCUUCGGUGCGAUAGUUGCUUGUGUUCAUAGUGCUUCCGGGCCCUUUUUUGCGAUUUCAUCGACUCACGGCGCAAUCCGUUGCUCGCCGCCUCCCAAUUCCUUCUCUUCUUGGAGAUCUCGUGUGUAUAGUGCUCUAAUUUGGGUCGCAUUUUGAGAGGGAGGAGGGGAUCUGAUUUGGUUCCGUCCUCCGUGGUGAGAUUUCGUGUGCCGAGAUUUGUUGCGGUGGAUCUGUGUCAGAAAGGUGGGUUUCGGCUCUCGCAUCAGUGAGUUCAUGUUGUGGCCUUUGACGGGUACUACUUUGCAAGGGUUUGCUUUUUAUUAUCUCGUCAUCAAUUGAAGAAAGAGACCAAAGAGGAAACUUUGAAAGGCGAUUUCUAGGAUCAUGGCGAAGUCUUGUACACCUCUGCUGCGUGAGCUUUCUGCCGCACCUUCUUCGUCAUCUUCUCAAUCAUGUGAAUCAAAUGGAAUGGAUGAUCCCGAGAGCACAGUUGCCAGGGUUGCUCGCUUCUUGGAGCAGCUUCAUGCAAGUAAUUCGUCCCCACAAGAGAAAGAGCUGAUAACAGCACAGUUGCUAGCAGUUUCCAGAACGCAAAAGGACACUAGGGCUUUGAUUGGCACCCAUUCUCAGGCCAUGCCAUUGUUCAUCUCGGUCCUCAGAAGUGGGACACCAAUCGCGAAGGUGAAUAUUGCAAACAUCCUUAGUGCUCUCUGCAAGGAAGAAGACUUGCGCAUUAAAGUUCUUUUAGGGGGUUGCAUACCGCCGUUACUUUCUCUCCUGAAGUCUGAAUCUUCUGAGUCAAAAAAGGCAGCAGCUGAAGCUAUCUUUGAGGUCUCCUCUGGCGGGCUUUCAGAUGAUCAUAUUGGCAUGAAAAUAUUUGUCACUGAGGGUGUCGUACCGACGCUCUGGGAUCUGCUUAAUCCUAAGAUUAAGCAAGACCGUGUAGUUGAAGGCUUUGUUACUGGAGCAUUAAGGAAUCUUUGUGGGGACAAGGAUGGAUACUGGAGGGCCACACUUGAAGCUGGUGGAGUAGAGAUAAUUACUGGCCUUCUUUUGUCUGAUAACACAGCUUCACAAUCAAAUGCUGCUUCCCUCUUGGCUCGGCUGAUAUCAGCGUUCAGUGAUAGUAUUUCCAAGGUGAUAGAUGCUGGAGCAGUUAAGGCCCUUCUCCAACUACUAGGACGGGAUAACGAUACUUCUGUAUGUUCCAGUGCUGCAGAUGCUCUGGAGGUCCUGUCAUCUAAGUCAACUAUGGCUAAGAAAGCUGUCGUGGAUGCAGGUGGUCUACCAGUCCUAAUUGGAGCAGUGGUAGCUCCUUCUAAGGAGUGCAUGCAAGGAGAGUCUGGUCAUUCUCUGCAGAGGCAUGCUGUUUGUGCAUUAGCAAAUAUAUGUGGUGGUAUGUCUUCUCUGAUACUCUACCUUGGAGAACUCUCCCAAGCCCCUAGCUUUGCUGCUCCAGUUUCUGAUACAAUUGGAGCUCUUGCAUACUCUUUGAUGGUUUUUGAGGGCAGUGAAGAAAAAGUGUUUGAUCCAGUUCAGAUUGAGGAAAUUUUGAUAAAGCUACUGAAGGCCACAGACACUAAACUAGUUCAGGACCGUGUUCUUGAGGCUUUGGCCAGCCUCUAUGGCAAUGAAUCCCUUUGCAGUAGGAUCAUUCAUUCAGAUGCAAAAAAGGUUCUCGUUGGGUUGAUAACCAUGGCCUCUGCUGAUGUUCAGGAACAUUUUAUUCUGUCACUAGCAAGAUUGUGUUGUGAUGGUGCUGUAAUAUGGGGGGCUCUUGGGGAGAGAGAGGGCAUUCAGAUGCUAAUAGCAUUGCUUGGACUGUCCAGUGAACAACACCAGGAAUAUGCGGUUGCUUUGCUUGCAAUCUUGACAGACCAAGUGGAUGACAGCAAAUGGGCCAUUACUGCUGCUGGAGGAAUCCCUCCUCUGGUGCAAUUGUUGGAAAUUGGAUCCCAGAAAGCAAAGGAGGAUGCAGUUCAUGUGCUGUGGAACAUGUGCUGUCACAGUGAUGACAUUCGUGCAUGUGUUGAGAGGGCUGGGGCUGUUCCAGCUCUCUUAUGGCUUUUGAAGAGUGGUGGCCAAAAAGGGCAAGAAGCUUCAGCUAAGGCACUCAAGAAGCUAAUUAAUUACGCUGACUCCGCCACUAUCAAUCAAUUAUUGGCCCUCCUUGUUGGUGACGAUGCUCUUAGUUCCAGGACACAUGCUAUCACAGUGUUGGGUCAUGUGCUUACAAUGGCUUCUUAUAAGGAUCUGGUACAGAAGGGGAGUCCUGCGAAUAAGGGACUUAGCUCUCUUGUACAGGUUCUUAACUCAUCCAAUGAAGAAACUCAAGAAUGUGCUGCUUCUGUUUUGGCUGAUUUAUUCAAUGUCCGACAAGAUAUCUGUGACAGUCUUGCCACCGAUGAAAUAGUUCAUCCUUGCAUGAAGCUAUUGACCAGCAAAGCUCAAGUUGUUGCAACACAGUCAGCACGAGCUUUGGGUGCAUUAUCCCGUCCAACCAAGGCUAAAACUGCCAAUAAGAUGUCAUAUAUUGCAGAAGGUGAUGUUGAACCUCUCAUUAAGAUGGCUAAAACAUCUUCAAUUGAUGCUGCUGAAACUGCAGUUGCUGCUUUGGCAAAUCUGCUCUCAGAUCCACAUAUUGCUGCUGAAGCGUUAGCAGCAGAUGUUUUAUCAGCUUUGUUGAGAGUGCUAGGAGAAGGCACAUUAGACGGGAAGAAGAAUUCUUCGCGAGCACUUUACCAGCUAUUGAACCACUUUCCCGUUGGUGAUGUUCUCAUGGAAAGUUCUCAGUGUCACUUUGUAGUUCAUGCAAUUGCAGAUUCUUUAGCACCCAUGGGCCUUGAAGGGGUUAAUUCGGAUGCAUUAGACGUGCUUGCUUUAUUGGUCAAACCAAAAAAGAACAUGAACUUCAUCUAUUCCCCUUGCGCUGCCCUUGUUGAGACUCCAUCGACCAUAGAGCCAUUGGUCCAAUGUCUGGCUCUUGGGCUUCCUGCUGAGCAAGAUAAGGCAAUUGAAAUCCUUUCAAGGCUCCAGGACCAUCCUGCCAUACUUGGUGAUCUUUUGGUAGAAAGGGCACAAUGUAUAGCUUCACUUGCGGAUAGAAUUAUGAACUCAUCUAAUAUGGAAGUAAGAAUUGGCGGUGCUGCUCUUCUCAUUUGUUCUAUGAAGGAGCACAGGCAGCAGUCAUUGGACAUACUAAAUGUAUCAAAACUUCAACAGAAACUUAUUUAUGCCCUCAUUGAUAUGCUGAAACAUCAGUGCAGUUCUGUCUCUCUAGGCAAUGGAGCAAGGAGUGCCAGGAAUGUUACGGAGAGAACUUUUCAUCAUGAAGACGAUGAAUAUGAUGUCCCUAACCCAGCAACAAUUCUGGGAGGAACAGUUGCUUUGUGGUUGCUUGCUAUCAUUUCCUCUUCCUGUGCAAAUGGUAAACUUACAAUAAUGGAGGCUGGUGGUGUGGAAGUUCUUUCAGAUAAGCUUGCGGCUUAUGCUGCUAAUCAACUGGCAGAAUAUGAAGAUGCAGAAGGCAUUUGGACCAGUUCACUUCUCUUGGCUAUACUGUUCCAGGACACAGAAGUUGUUCAAUGUUCAGCAACCAUGCGCAUUAUACCUUGUCUGGCUUUCUUGCUGAAGUCUGAUGAAGUCAUUGACAAGUAUUUUGCUGCUCAAGCAAUGGCUAGUCUUGCUUGUAAUGGAAACAAGGGUAUACAACUUGCUAUUGCAAAUUCAGGUGCUGUUGGAGGCCUUACAACUUUGAUUGGACAUGAGGAAUCAGAUAUCCCAAAUCUUUUUGCCCUGUCUGAAGAAUUUAAUUUAGAAAAACACCCUGAUGAAGUUGUGUUAAAGCAUCUGUUUCAAAUUGAAGACGUGAGGAUUGGUGCAACGGCCCGCAAGUCCAUACCCUUAUUAGUUGACCUUCUAAGACCAAUGCCAGAUAGACCAGGUGCACCACCAAUUGCUAUUCACCUUCUGACUCAGAUAGCAGAAGGAAGUGAAGCAAACAAACUAGCUAUGGCUGAAGCUGGGGCUUUGGAAUCUUUAACGAAAUACCUUUCUUUGAGUCCUCAAGACUCAACGGAAACUAGCAUAACUGAUCUUUUAAGAAUCUUGUAUAGCAACUCUGAGUUGGUGCACCAUGAAUGUUCUCUUAGUACUUUGAAUCAGCUUGUAGCUGUUUUAAGAAUGGGCUCAAGAACUGCUCGUUUUAGUGCCACAAGGACUUUACAGGAACUCUUUGAUGUGGAGGAUAUCAGAGAUACUGAAAUGGCUAGACAAGCUAUUCAACCAUUAGUUGACAUGCUCAAUGCAGGAACUGAUAAGGAACAACAUGCUGCACUUGUUGCUUUGAUCAAACUGACUGAUGGAAAUAUUUCAAAGGCAUCAGCAUUAACUGAUGUGGAAGGUAAUCCACUUGAAAGCCUCCACAAGAUUUUGUUAUCCAGUUCAUCUUUGGAACUAAAGAAAAAUGCAGCACAGCUAUGCUAUGUCUUAUUUGGAAAUUCAACUAUACGAACAAUGCCUAUUGCCUCAGAAUGUGUUCAACCUUUAAUAUCUCUAAUAACAUCAGACCCCAGUGGAGAAGUAGAGUUUGGUGUUCGUGCUCUAGAGAGGUUGCUUGACGAUGAACACCAUGCAGAUAUUGCAGCAACAACUGAAGUUGUGGAUCUUCUUGUGAGAUAUGUUUCUGGUUCAAACUAUGAACUUUCAGAGGCCAGCAUAAGUGCUCUUAUAAAGUUGGGAAAGGACCGGCCUCAAUGUAAACUUGAAAUGGUCAAUGCUGGAAUAAUUGACAAUGCACUUGACAUGAUCCUUGAUGCACCUGUUUCUGUUAGUUCUUCAGUUGCUGAGUUGCUUCGCAUCUUGACCAACAAUAGUGGUAUUGCUAAAAGCUCAGCUGCUGCGAGAAUGGUUGAACCUCUUUUCCUGGUUCUAAAACGUCCAGAUUUUACUAUGUGGGGACAGCAUAGUUCAUUGCAAGCACUCGUAAAUAUCUUGGAGAAACCGCAAAGCCUGACAGCCUUAAAGUUAACUCCGAGUCAAGUCAUUGAGCCAUUGAUAUCAUUUCUCGAGUCCCCAUCCCAAGCCAUCCAACAGCUUGGCACUGAAUUACUGUCACAUCUUCUGGAACAGGAGCAUUUCCAACAAGAUAUUACUACAAAAAAUGCAAUUGUUCCCCUUGUACAGCUUGCAGGAAUUGGGAUACUGAGCUUACAACAAACUGCAAUCAAAGCACUUGAGAGUAUAUCUCUGAGCUGGCCCAAAGCUGUGGCUGAUGCAGGGGGAAUCUUUGAGCUUUCUAAGGUCAUCAUCCAGGAUGAUCCCCAGCCAAGUCAUGCCUUGUGGGAGUCUGCAGCACUUGUUUUAUCAAAUAUUGUCAAGUCUAAUUCUGAUUACUAUCUUAAGGUCUCACUGAUUGUGCUUGUGAGGUUGCUGCACUCCACAUUAGAAGCUACUGUUUCAGUAUCUUUAAGUGCCCUUCUUGUUCAAGAGAGAAAGAAUCCUUCAAAUUCUGUAAUGAUGGCUGAGGCUGGUGCUAUUGAUGCGUUGCUCGAACUUCUAAGAUUACACCAUUGCGAAGAAGCUUGUGGAAGAUUGCUUGAAGCAUUAUUUAACAAUGCACGAGUGCGAGAAAUGAAACUUGUAAAAUAUGCAAUAGCUCCUCUUUCUCAAUAUUUAUUAGAUCCACAGACGAGAUCUCAGUCUGCAAAGUUUCUUGUGACUCUUGCACUUGGCAAUCUUUUCCAGCAUGAUUCACUUGCCAGAGCAAGUGAUUCUGUAUCCGCGUGCCGUGCUUUAAUCAGCCUGCUUGAAGACCAGCCAACAGAAGAGAUGAAAGUGGUGGCAAUAUGUGCUUUGCAAAGCUUGGUUAUGCACAGUAGAACAAAUAGGCGUGCUGUUGCAGAAGCUGGGGGAAUACUGGUAGUACAGGAGUUGUUACUGUCCCCAAAUACUGAUGUUGCUGGACAGGCAGCACUGCUUAUCAAGUAUCUAUUUUCAAAUCAUACACUCCAAGAGUAUGUAUCAAAUGAACUUAUAAGGUCGCUGACUGCUGCCUUGGAGAAAGAAUCAUGGUCCUCUGCAACUAACAAUGAAGAAGUUCUGAGAACCAUAUUUGUGAUAUUUACCAACUUCAAGAAGCUCCGCACUUCCGAAGCAGCCACCCUUUGCAUCCCACAUUUAGUUGGUGCUUUAAGAACAGGAACUGAGGCUGCUCAGGAGUCGGUUUUGGAUACUCUUUGUUUGUUGAAAGAGUCAUGGUCACAAAUGAAUGAGGACAUUGCAAAGGCACAAGCCCUUAUUGCGGCUGAGGCCAUACCUAUAUUGCAAUUGCUUAUGAAAACUUGCCCACCCAGUUUUCAGGAAAGGGCAGACAGCUUACUGAACUGCUUACCAGGGUGCUUGACGGUGACCAUCAAACGUGGAAAUAACUUGAAGCAGACAAUGGGGAGUACCAACGCAUUCUGUCAGCUUAAAAUAGGAAAUGGCCCUCCAAGACAGACCAAGGUGGUAAGCCAUAGUGCAUGCCCAGAAUGGAAGGAAGGUUUUACCUGGGCAUUCGACGUUCCGCCAAAAGGACAGAAGCUUUAUAUAGUCUGCAAAAGCAAAAAUACGUUUGGGAAGAGUACCCUGGGGAGAGUCACCAUUCAAAUAGACAAGGUUGUUACAGAUGGAGUUUACCAUGGAUUUUUCAGCCUCAAUCAUGAUGGUAACAGGGAUGGAUCUUCGCGAACACUUGAAAUCGAGAUCGUAUGGUCUAAUCGGACAUCUGGCGAUGACAUGUGAAUCAGGUCAGCGAUAGAUAAUUGUGGCCUGCACUAUUCAUCUGGAAUGGCAGCAAAAUCCAUGAUCAAAUGAUCCGCGACAUCCAUUAGUUUUGUGAUGCGAGUUUGUAAACUCCAAUUUUGUAGCUAAUGUUGGAAUAUGCACAGCCAUGCAUGUCUCUGGAUGAGAGAGGAAUAAACAGAUCCGUCAUAAUUUGUAGUUUAUAAGCUGGCCAUAGUCACCGACCAGCUGGAUGAGAUCAUUCGUGGCUUUUCCUUGUUCAGGUUGAUGGCGACGAGAGGAAUCUUUCAAAUUUGUACAGGUAAAUUAUUCUGUAAUUAACACGUACUUUAUGAACCUGGAACUCUCUUGUGAGUGAUGUUUUAUCCUGCAGAGUAAAAGGUGGCAGCAUAUAAUAUCUCUGUGUUA